UAUUAUUAUUUUUCAGAGAGAUAUAUUUUUUGAAGAAGAAAACAGUGAAUCGAAGAAGAAGGGCGUUGAUGAAAGAAAGGAUGACCGGUGGAAUAAACCGAUCUACAAGCGCUGCUUCCAAGAACGCCCUUCCUCCUCAAGAACUCCUCGACGAUCUCUGCAGUCGUUUUGUGCUAAAUGUGCCCAAGGAAGACCAACAGUCGUUCGAGAGGAUUUUGUUUCUUGUGGAGUACGCGCAUUGGUUCUACGAAGAUAACUCGGUCGAAAAGAAUCCGUCUUUGAAGUCUUUAACUUUGAAGGAAUUCACUUCGUUACUGUUCAAUAACUGCGAUGUUUUAAAACCGUAUGUUGCUCAUAUAGACGACAUAUUUAAAGACUUCACUUCUUACAAAGUAAGAGUUCCGGUUACAGGGGCUAUUAUACUGGACGAAACGUACGAAAGGUGUAUACUAGUGAAGGGAUGGAAAGGGACGAGUUGGAGCUUUCCCCGUGGGAAAAAGAGCAAAGACGAGGAAGAUCACAAUUGUGCUAUCAGAGAAGUUUUAGAGGAAACGGGUUUUGAUGUAUCGAAACUUCUGAGCAAAGACGACUACAUAGAAAUGACGUUCGGACAGCAGAGAGUGAGAUUGUACAUAGUUGCUGGUGUGAAAGAGGGCACGUCGUUUGCCCCCCAAACUAAAAAAGAGAUUAGCGAAAUUGCGUGGCACAGGCUUGAUGAACUUCAUCCUGCAAAUGACGAUGUUAUAUCUCGUGGGGUCACCGGACUGAAGCUCUACAUGGUUGCCCCGUUUUUAGCAUCACUGAAGUCGUGGAUAUCCGUGCAUCCUCCACCAGUGGCGCCUAGAUUUGAUAAACCUCUUAAAGGACUUAGUGUGUGGAAGGUAAAAAAUAGUUCAUUGAGUGGAAGCUCGACAACGACAGAGAGCCAGCCGAUUAAAGCUGUGGUGGAGGUUCAUCAUCAGUCCGAACCAUCUGCACCUUCAUAUGCAGUAUCUGCUGGCAGGAGCUUCAGAAACUUCCGGUUCGAUACGGCUCCCAUUUUCCAAGCAGUGGAUGCUGCUUUCUCUACUUAGGCUGUUUGCCAUAGCAUCUUUUUUUUUUUUUGUGUACCUUAAUAUUUAUCUGCAACUCCUUUUUAGUUGUAGUAGCUGACUUGCUGUAUAGGGUGAUUUGGUUUAUCGUUUUUUUCUACUCUCUACUAAUUACUUGGUAGUUAGGAUUAUUUAUCGCUCUUCGUAAAAUCGUAAUGAUUGUGAUUGGGUUUCACAGUAAAAUUUUGAAGGACCGAAUCGAAAUGGAAGUUUAAAUCCAUCAUAAAUAAGUUGGUGAUUAU